UUAAAAAAAAUUACGGACUUAAUUACAAAUCGUAGGGUAUGAUAUCUGUUUUAAUGUUUUUUUUAAUAUUGGUUAUAUUUAAUAAAUACUAUUGAAUAUAUAAAACAAUGUGUGAGCCAGGUGUUAUAAGAAAAUUGGAUGAAGAAGUUGUAAAUCGAAUAGCUGCUGGAGAAAUAAUUCAAAGACCGGCUAAUGCUCUAAAAGAGUUAAUAGAAAAUAGUUUGGACGCUAAAGCAAAUAAUAUCGUAGUCACAGUAAAAGCUGGAGGUCUGAAGUACUUGCAGAUUCAGGAUAACGGCACGGGCAUCAGAAGUGAACACCUAGACAUAGUGUGUGAGAGAUUCACAACAUCGAAACUGCGAGAAUAUGAGGACCUGCAGGCGAUCACUACUUAUGGGUUCAGAGGAGAAGCGUUGGCCAGUAUUAGCCACAUAGCGCACCUCACUAUGCUGACGAAGACCGCUGGCGACAAGUGUGCUUAUAAAGUUUCAUAUGAGAACAGUAAAUUGAAAGGGCCAAUAAAGCCAUGCGCUGGUAACACUGGUACACAAAUAACCGUAGAGGAUUUGUUCUACAACGUGAUAGCUCGUAAGAGAGCUCUGCGCAGCCCCAAUGAAGAGUACACCCACAUAAUGGAGGUAGUCGGCGGCUACGCCGUUCAUAACAGUCAUGUUGGAUUCACUUUGAAGAAGUUUGGGGAGAAGACUGACAUUAAAACACCGAUUAAUUCUUCUGUCAUAGAGAAUGUGCGAAUUAUUCACGGCAAUGCAAUAGCCAGAGAACUUUUGGAGAUAGAAUUAAAUGAUGAUCAGUUAAAGAUGUCUGUUAAGGGUUACGUCACCAAUGUCAAUUAUUCUAACAAGAAGGGAACUAUGCUAUUGUUUAUCAAUCACAGAUUGGUGGAUUGUCAGACAAUGAAGAAAGCGAUAGACUCUGUUUAUUCCACUUAUCUUCCUAAAAACGCCCGCGCCUUUGUGUAUCUCAGUAUUGAAUUAGAUCCGAAGAAUGUGGAUGUUAAUGUGCAUCCAACGAAACAUGAAGUACAGUUCCUGUAUGAAGAGCAGAUUAUAGAUAAAAUUAAAUGUUGCAUCGAAGCCAAAUUACUGAGCUGUAAUUCCUCGAGAGUCAUGUAUACACAGGCAAGGUUACCCGGAGCAACGUCGGUUGAAGAGAUCGUAAAGAAAACAACAGACGGUGCUAAGGUUUACGCCAAAGAUUUAGUUAGAGUUGAUUCUGAUACACAGAAAAUUGAUAAAUUCUUUCAAGCUGCACCUAAGGCUAUAAAAAGUAAUGACAAAACUGGAAAUAUUAUGGAAGAAACUACAGAGAUUGAUAAAUUGCCUGCAGUUGUGAGCGAAAGUAAUGAAGAAAUUGAAAAUUCAAUGAUUAUAGAUGAAGGAAAUGGAAAAACAAUUGAGAAGGACAAAUGGGAAAGCAAUCUAAAUGUAAAUCAAGCUAAUUUAAGUUACGUUGAUCCUAAAGAGUCUUUUAAAACGAGAACAUUUAAAUAUGAAAGAGUUGAAACAAAGUUAACUAGCGUAAAACAAUUAAGAUUGGAUGUUGAAAAUAACUGUAAUAUGAAUUUAAGGGAACUGUUGGCAAAUUUAAUAUUUAUAGCGUGCAUUGAUUGUCAUAAAGCCUUAAUACAACAUUCCACAAAGCUGUACCUGUGCGACACUACGAGACUGGCGGAGGAGUUGUUUUAUGAGACUUUACUAUACGACUUUCAAAAUCUAGGAUUGAUAAAACUAUCUGAUCCGUUGCCACUUGAGGAGUUAUUUGUGUUGGGCCUGAGCUCGCAAGAGUCUGAAUGGAAUUCUGAAUUAGGUGGUAUGAGAGAUAUCGCUAAACAGAUGACCAGUUUUAUUGUUGGCAAAAAGGCGAUGCUCCUAGAAUACUUCUCGGUCGAAUUGAGCUCUGAAGGAGAGCUGCUUGCAUUGCCUUUAUUGUUGGAUGGCUACACUCCCUUCAUGGGCGCUUUACCCACUUACCUAGUGCGAUUAGUAACAGAAGUUAACUGGGAUAAUGAAAAACAAUGUUUCGAAACAUUCAGCCGCCAGACAGCAAUAUUUUAUUCUCAACCAAAUACAGACAGUUGCUCCGACGUGGCCAAGUCAGAGCAGUGGAAACAGGAAUACGUGAUAUACCCGGCCAUUAGGAAAUACUUUCUACCGCCUACUAGUUUUGUACACAAUGGUGCCAUAGUACAGAUAGCAAAUCUAAGUGACCUUUAUAAGGUGUUUGAGCGAUGUUAAAGAUUUUAUGAAAUAAAUGUUGCUUUUUAA